AUGUUCAAAGCGUCAUCACCAACGCAGAGCCUGUGCAGAGCUUCAACUACCUGCCGCGCUGCAGCAUCCAGAAGUGCAAGACCCACUCAUGCCAUCAUCUGCGAAUCCGGUCACAGCUCCGUAUGCAAUCGGAGGUUGGAUCAGCGAUGCCUUCAUAUGAGCUGCGCUUGGCGACUUGACGAGAAGGCGGACAAGAGUCGCUUUGAGCAGUCCAGAUCUAGAUCUGCCGGCAGAGGGACGAGUGCAUCCGAGGCAACUUCUUCGAGAACAGCAUUCGAACAGCGAACAAUCCUGGAUCAGCUGCGUAGCGCACAGAGCGCGAGUGGCAGCAGCAAUGGCAAUACUUCGCAGAUCCAAGGCAAAAGCGUACCGAUAGGACGCAUAAGCCCAUCCUCUCGAUUCACUGAUCCUCGUGCAGCAUCCGAUCACAGUGCUGCAGCAUCUGCAACUUCUGCUUUGCCUGGUGGAGGGUUGGGAUUGGGCGCGAUGAGGAACCCUUUGGGUAUGGGCACCUCCGCUGAGACGGGCACCUGGGAUCGUCUGGCAGGCGGUGAAAAAGAAUGGUCUGAAUUGAAAGGUCGGGAGAAAGUCUUUAGAGCUUCAUUGAACACGUCGCGACUUACCAUCGUUCUCAUCGGUGGUACUCUAACGCUCGCCGUAUUUUGGAGCGUGUCCACCGAGCUCUUUGCAAGUAAUUCGCCCACAGUCAUCUUCGAGGACGCUUGCAAGCGAAUCAACAGGUCCGACGAGAUCCGCCAACACUUGCUGCCACCUCUCAAAUUCCACUCUCGCGGAACGGCAGCGGCAAGCUCGGCCGACGAUGCCGCUACCACGCUGCACUUUCGCAUCAGCUCCAAAGCUCGUGGAGAAUCGCUGACUAUGUUUGAGCGGGCGCGGCAAGCGACUUCGGACGCAGCGAUGAAGACGGGUCAGGCAGCAUUGCAAGCGCUGGAAGAUCUUGCACAGUGGGCAAAUCUAGAUGCCCAGGAUCAAGCGCAGGGUUCUAGAGCUCACUAUCCCGUGACGAGCAACGGUACUGCGCCCGGAGAAUCUUGGAGCGUGCCCAAUUGGCUGGCUGCUCCUUUCCGUGCGCUGAGCUCUGGAUUUGGAAGUGCGUCUUUGAGAGGGAAUGGAGGACCCGGCACGUACACUUCCGCCGAUGUCUGGGCCAAGCUGGAAAAGGACGCUCAUGGCACAUUGCAAUACGUGCAGCUGUAUGCCGACAUUCCAUCAUCUGGUGUAGGAGCUCGACAUCGCGUGUGGAUCAUCAAACGCAAAGGCGACGUGGUGAGAUAG